AUGCUUUCGCUUAAAACAUUGUUAUAUACAUUACUGACCGUCUCAUCGGUCAUCGCUAAUCCAGUCCCUGCAAGAGACCCUUCUUCUAUCCAAUUUGUUCAUGAAGAGAACAAGAAAAGAUACUACGACUAUGAUAAUGGUGCUCUUGGAGAGCCGAUCCGUGGUGUUAACAUCGGUGGUUGGUUGCUUCUUGAACCUUACAUUACUCCAUCUUUGUUCGAAGCGUUCCGCACCAACGAUAACAACGAUGAUGGCAUCCCCGUCGAUGAAUACCAUUACUGUCAAUAUCUAGGAAAGGACUUGGCUAAAAGUCGUUUACAAAGUCAUUGGUCUACUUUCUACCAAGAACAAGAUUUUGUUAACAUCGCUUCUCAAGGUUUCAACCUCGUGAGAAUCCCUAUUGGUUACUGGGCCUUCCAAACUUUGGACAAUGACCCUUACGUCAGCGGUUUACAGGAAGCUUACCUAGAUCAAGCUAUUGGAUGGGCUAGAAACAACAGUUUGAAAGUCUGGGUUGAUCUGCAUGGUGCUGCUGGCUCUCAAAAUGGGUUCGACAAUUCCGGUUUAAGAGACUCGUACGAGUUUUUGGAAGACAGCAACUUGGCUGUUACCACAAACGUCUUGAACUACAUAUUGAAGAAAUAUUCUGCUGAAGAAUACUUGGACACUGUUGUCGGUAUCGAAUUGAUUAAUGAACCAUUGGGCCCAGUUUUGGAUAUGGAUAAAAUGAAGAAUAACUAUUUGGCACCCGCUUAUGAAUAUUUGAGAAACAACAUCAAGAGUGACCAGGUCGUCAUCAUUCAUGAUGCCUUCCAGCCAUUCCAUUACUGGGAUGACUUCAUGACUGAAGACGAUGGAUACUGGGGUGUCACUAUCGACCAUCACCAUUAUCAAGUUUUCUCUUCUGCCGAAUUAGAAAGAUCUAUUGACGAACGUAUCAAAGUGGCUUGUGAAUGGGGUACCAAUAUCAUGAACGAAUCUCACUGGACUGUUUGUGGUGAAUUCGCCGCCGCCUUGACCGAUUGUACCAAAUGGUUGAACAGUGUUGGUUUCAGUGCUAGAUAUGAUGGCUCUUGGGUUAACGGUGACCAAACAUCCUCCUACAUCGGUUCCUGUGCUAACAACGACGAUAUAACUUCAUGGUCCGAUGAAAGAAAGGAAAACACAAGGCGUUUCGUAGAAGCUCAAUUAGAUGCCUUUGAAAUGAGAGGUGGUUGGAUUAUCUGGUGUUACAAGACAGAAUCCAGUUUGGAAUGGGAUGCCCAGAGAUUAAUGUACAAUGGUUUAUUCCCUCAACCAUUGACUGAUAGAAAGUAUCCAAACCAAUGUAGCACUAUCUCUAAUUAA